GUCCUGCGCCAAAACACGUCAUCACCGGCGCGACCAGCUGACCGCAGCGGCGCCAUUAGCAGCAAGAAGAGGAAGAAAGAGACCGGAGAUUAUUACAGCUGCACUCACUAUUCUGCUGGUGUGAUCAGGCUCUGGGUCUCUUCAGUAUUGAUGGCACAGAAGUUCUAUAGGACAUUUUCCAGGAUUCCCUCCAGUCACAGGGAUCAGAUGGAGAAGAUCAGUCACAGACAUGGCUGCUGUGAUCUGCUGCGGAUCUGCAGGAGACGGGCCCUGGACCACUAUCCAGACAGAGCGUCCAUCCGGGAGUGUGUGAAGCUGCUGGAGGAGUUUCUUGCAGAUGGCCGUCCCCGUGGUGCUCGGAUAUCCUGUAGGUGUCAGGAAUCUCUACAGGAUUCAUGGUCUCUGGCGAUGGUUCUGUCCCCGGCGUUCCAGGUCCUGUGCAGGCGCCAUGAGGAGGAGCGGAGAAUCACAGGGGCUCUGAGGGUCCCUUGUCUUCCAUCCAUCAGCUGAAGGACUCUCUGAAGAAGGAUUUGGCGGCUCAUCAGCUUUACCUUCAGGCCAUAGAGACCCGGCUGAGCGGCCUGGAGCGGCGGGCACAGGACGUCACCAGACACCUGGAGAGAGCCAAUCUGGAGCUGGAGGCCAUAAAGCAGGGAAGCGUCUCCCUGAAGACCCUGGUGGACGAGCAGAUGUCAGAAGACGCGGGGGAGCGGAGGAGCGGGCGGCCUGAAUCUUGCAGAAGGAAGGACUCGGGCCGCAGGUGUGCCAGCGAGUACCCCAGCAGGAGGUGGCGGUGGUGGGCACCACAGGGAGGAUCUGCAGCUCUCCACAUGUCAGCGCCAUGUCAGUGUGCUCUUAGAACAGAUAACGCAGCAGAUCAACCAGAUGGAGAGCGACAUAAAUGUCACGUCAAAGCUGCGCCAAAGUGCGGGGUAGCGAACGUGGAGCGCUGAUCUUCUCGUCGGUGAUCUGCUCAAGCACCUGAAGGAAGAAUCGCUAUCAUUAAAGUAAUAUUUAAUAAACCUAUUUAUU